GAAAAGUGAAAAAUUGAUUUGGGCAUAGUGUUCGAUCAUCAUGGAAGAACAAGAAAGCGUGUUGGAAAAGGACUGUUUUAUGCAAACUUCCAAAGGCAUGUUGUAUGGUUUAGCUGCUGGUGUCACUUAUGGUGUCAUAUACAACUUUGUUUCCGAGUUUGAAAACGAUCUUCGAGAGAAAGCUUUGGAACGAUACGGUCACUUGGUUCAGAGGUUUAGCAAGCCACCUGUGCAGUUCAAUGCUGUUUCUAAUCUUGCACGUUAUUCUCUAGUGGGUGCGUCCACUGGGGCGCUGCUUUUAGGAGGCUCUUGUGUGGUGGCACACUUACGAAACAAGGAAAGUUUUUUCAAUGGUUUGAUAGCUAGUGGUUUAGCUGGCAUUCCCUUUGCCAUCAACAGUGGAGUGGUACGAAAUGGGUUUUAUGCAAGCGGAUUUUUGGCGCUUUGUCAUACACUAUUAUCUCUUCAAGGAGGUCGAUUGGUGGUGAAUAACGGUGAAACCGUAUUCAAAUAUGAACCCAAAUAAGGGAGUCAAAACGAUGAGACACUGUCCGUGCGUGUCCAUUAGAGAAAGGUUUGCUAUGUCAAUCUUUUCCAGUGUUCCCAUAAAUAUGGCAUUUGAUGUAGACAACGUUGUAUUUGCCAUUUUGUCUCCGCUUGGGCUAUGGCUUGUCGAUUGCUUU